GAACAGGUUCUAGAUACUAAUAGUGAAGAGGAUCCGAUUUAAGGUUACAAAGAAGAUCUACCAAAUAUAACACAGAAUUGGUAUAAAAAGGUGUGAGAUCCAGAAGUUCUACAGUUUUGUGAGCAACAAGAAUCAGUAAAGAUGUUCAAAUUGGCCGUUUUCGUCGCUAUCGUAGCCGUAGUAUACGGUGCUGAAUUGCCAAUCAAAACUAGGCAAGUUCUCAUAAACCCAACAAUUCAACCACUCAUUUCUGGAAUCAACCCUUACUACAGGCAGCAAAUCCAACCCCAUGGUGUUGAGGCUAGCGCCAGAAUCUUGACUCAACAACAAGAUGCUGCCCCUGAUGGCACUGGAUAUGCUUACUCUUAUGAAACCGAAAAUGGAAUCGCUGCCCAAGAACAAGGACAAUGGCGUCAAAUCAGCGCUGAAGAAGGUGCCCACACUGUUGUAGGAAGCUACAGAUUCCCUCUUCAAGAUGGACGUGUUCAAAUCGUAGAAUACCAAGCUGACGAAAAUGGAUACAGGCCAGUCAUCAAAUAUCAGUAAAAAGUCUACUCACUAUAUAUUCUUUUUUGGUUUUGUAAUCUGUGUAGAUAUAACUUGUAAAUAAAUGUUCAGUUUUCACACGUAA